ACCUUGCAGACUAUAUAAAGCUCUCACCUGCCUGCAGAGGUUUUUCACCCGAGGAAAAACCCACUGAAGACAGUCAAGAUGAAAAUGAAUGACUUGGGAUUCAAGGAGGGGCAGGAGUUGAAGAUCUCCAUCAAGCCCAACCAUAGCUGUGAUUCCUUUGUUGUCGACAUUGGCCUUGACUCUGACAACAUUGCGUUGCACUUCAACCCUCGCUUUGACUACUCAGGAGACAGCAACACCAUUGUCUGCAACUCCUUGUCCGGGGGAUCCUGGGGUGAGGAGCAACGUGAGGGAAAUUUUCCCUUCUCACGUGGGGAUGAAUGCAAGGUUUGCAUCAAUUUCAACAACGAGCAGUUUUACAUCAGACUUCCUGAUGGAAGGAUGAUGAACUUCCCCAAUCGUCUGGGAGAGUUUAAGUAUGAGUACUUUAAAGUCAGCGGUGAUGUAGAGUUCAAAGGAGUCAAGAUGGCGUAGAAGCUGGCCUAAUCUGGCAAGAAAUGGGUCCACUUUGUGCUUGUUGCUGAAAUGGUCUGUUUUACAUUACUGAGCCCAGGUCUGAUAGUUCAUCUUUUGUCUUACUGAAAAAUAUAACUAGAAAUGUAAACUGACAGGGUGCUGAUGUUGUAAUAAGAAUAAACGGCCUGAAGAUGGAGCCACACUUCUUACCUCACUGUGCAAGUUUAAUGGGCGUCUUCAUAAAUGCUGUUUUCUGUCUUUUUGUCACACAGAAAC